AUGGAAGAGUUAGCCAGUACCGAGGAGCUGGGCAACCCAGAAGAAAAAACGGUUCGUUCAAAACACAGAGCUGUGUCUACCAACUUAGUAAAACAAAUGAUAUUUGUCCCCAAAGAGGAAUCAUCUAGUAGUAGUGACAUGGAAUUUCAUGAAAGCCAGCAAAGUCAGAAGAAAAAUAUGAUGAAGAAAGUGAAGACUUUUGUGUACAGGAUGUUGUCAUACAAGUACAGAUCCAAUCCAGCAAAUGUCAGUGGAGAGGGCACCAUGCAGAGCCUUCUUCCUAGAGUUGUCAAGGAGCUUCCAUCGCCAAGAUUAUUCUCCACACCAAGAAUGAGAAAGCUCUCACAGAAUGCGACCACACAACUUGAUGUUGUAGAAGCAGAGACAGAGCAGAUAACCCAAGGAAAUACACUCCUCUGGGCCAGGAGAACCACCAAAUGGUCUUCUGUAACAUCCCUUCCUUCAGGACUGCAGAAGACACUGUAUAUUCUUUCAGAACCAGACCACCUCAUUUCUCCACACCCUAUAGAUCUCUUCAAAGAGAGUUCUGGGCACAAAGGAGAUACAUGGGAUGUGAAUAAUAAUCUGAAUAUGGUCACCAACUCAACGUUGUUACGUGGCAAAUGUCCAGUUUGUAACAGACUGCCCAAGGGUUCCUCAAAAAAGAGACCACACUUUCCAGUACUUAAAAGGAAAAAACACAGCAUGGAAAACACACAUUUGACAGUAGGAAAGCUUCAAAUGCAGGUGGAUGACCUCACAGAAACAGUUACUGGUAAGUCCAUGAAGUCACUGGCCCAGAGACACGCUGAGCUUCACCAGUGUGAGUUUCUAGGCGACAAAAUUCUUCAGUCUUCUAAACAGUUCCAGAGGAUUUCCAAGAGAACCAUGAGGAACUAUAAACUGAAAAGUGUGUUUCCCAUGUACCUGCUGCUGCUUCUGAUUGUGUUCCUGAUUGCAUAA